UUGUGCACCCCUCGGCCAGCAUGUGGUUCGGGAGCUGUCAAAACGGUGCGGUGUUUGUAAACAAAGUCACACCGCAAAUUCCUGUAGCGUUUUACAUUUAGUUUCCAAAAACUCUAAAAUGCCUCUUUUAGCAGAACUCGCUGGUGACGAGAGCUCCGGCGAAAGCUCGCGGACGUUUGUGUUCGAGGACGAAGGCCACACGCUGGGCAACGUGCUGAAGAGUAUCAUCUGCAAAUAUUCCGACGUAAACUUUUGCGGCUACACGGUGCCCCACCCGGCGGAGAACAAGAUGCACUUCCGGAUACAGGCGGCCCGGAACGUGCGAGCGAUCGACGUGCUGCGCCGGGGCUUGGAAGAUCUGGAGCGGGUUUGUGACCACACGAUCGAGACGUUCGAGGCCGCGAUCAAUGUGCACCAGGAGAAUCAAAGUUAAGUAUGGGCGAGGAAUGAGAUGUUGAAAGUUAAUAAAAAUAUUGCGUGUAA